ACGACAAGCCAAUUUAUCUAUAGAUUUGCAACUAUUAGGAAAAAAGGAAGAAGAGACUCCAGAAGAUUCAUUAGAACAGUUGUUAGACCAACAUAUUAAGAAGAUCACAGAACAAUUAUACUAA